CUUCCCUUUCCGGUGCCAGGAGGAGCCGUGUCGCUGCCGCCUUGGUCCGUCAGGCCUCCGGCCGGUUCUCCAUUGCUCGUCUCUCCGGACUCCUCGCCGCCACUGUGCCGCGCCUAGGGCUCGGAUCCUGCCGGGAAAAUGUCAGAUGAAUUUUCGUUGGCAGAUGCGCUGCCUGAACCAUCCUCUGCCAAAACGUCUGCUGUGAGCAAUACAAAAGCUGGCCAGUCUCCUCAAGGCUGGCCAGGCUCCAACCCUUGGAGUAACCCAAGUGCUCCACCUGCUAUGCCAUCUGGACUCCCACCAAGUGCUGCAGCACCCUCCACUGUGCCUUUCGGACCAACACCAACAGGAAUGUAUCCCUCCAUGCCUCCAACUGGACUACCGCCAGGACCCCCAGCACCCUUUCCUCCUUCUGGACCAUCAUGUCCCCCACCUAGUGGUCCUUAUCCAGCCCCUACUGUGCCGGGUCCUGGCCCCACAGGGCCAUAUGCUACGCCAAAUAUGCCCCUUCCGGAGCUACCUAGGCCAUAUGGUGCACCCACAGAUCCAGCUGGUACUUUAGGUCCAUGGGGAUCCAUGUCUUCUGGACCUUGGGCACCAGGAAUUGGGGGGCAGCAUCCUAAUAUGCCAUAUCGAUCUCCAGGGCCAUAUCCCACUCCUCCUCCUCCAGUGUCAGGAGCACCGCCUGUUCCAUGGGGCACUGUGCCACCAGGAGCCUGGGGACCACCAGCACCAUAUCCUGGCCCUGCAGGAUCAUAUCCCAUACCAGGACCCCAUCCUGUUCCAAAUAAUCCUUACCAAGUGCCUUCAGGACCUUCUGGUGCUCCACCAAUGCCUGGUGGCCCCCAUUACCAUUAAGUUGACAGUGGAUGAAGAGAUGGCGCAUUGCUUUUUGAAGUACAUGUACAUGCACAUGAAGGCUUAUAUACAAAUGGCUGGUUUCGCUAUUGGUGAAGGACGUUCAUGAAAGAACAACUUUUGUACCUCAGAGAGUUCCUGCUUCAUGUGUUUGGAUAUGUAGAACAUCACAUGGGUACAAUCAGAUAAAGUUGUAAAAGCAAAUCAAGUGUGGUUAAUGUGGCUGUGUAUAUCAAAUAGCUUUUGAUAAUACUUGUUUAAAAUAUAGCUGUACCCUCAAUCUAAAAUGACAUGGAUUAUUGUUAGAAUCUGUAACUUAAUUGGCAAAGUAAUUCAAGUAUUGUUUUAUAAUCAUCCUGCACUCCCAUAUAACUGAAAACAGUCACUUAAUUGAAACAUGACUCCUCAACAUUUUGAGGUCCUCUACCUACACAAACCAGGACCUCUUGUUAUAUUUUAGCUACAUAAAUGUAUUGUGUAUGUGUUUACUAAGUUUAAUUCAACAUUAUUCCCAGUUCUGCCAAAAUAAGAUAAUGUUCCUAUCAAAAUUGCAUUAUGAUCUAAGAACAGGUUUCUUGCUCUGACAGAGCUCUAGAAAAAUGUUGGUGCCAAAUGCACUUAAACAAGUUUUAAGGUUUAAUACAGGAGUCAGACUGUCCAGCCUCGGGAAGGUAGGAAGAGGAGAUGAGUGAGGCAGCUGCUGCUGGGCAGUCACUGUUGCAGGGCCUCCUGUCCACCCAGCUGUGUAAGCCAGCAGCUGGAGCUGGGAACUCAGCGGACAGCAGGGCCAACACAGGGAUGUCCUUGACCAUCUGAUUUGGAAUUCGCAAGUCAUUUUUUUCUUAAAGCAUUUACAAAAGGUGGUCCAUUUCCUUAUAAGUUAAGUUACUGGCUGGACUAAAUAAACAUCAUUUAUGACAUUUUUUAAUGGAAAAAAAAUGUUCUGAAUUCCAAAUGACAUUUCUCAUAAUGACUGAACCACAACCCAUUUGAGUUGUUCCAGAAUUGCACAUGUAAUUAAUACAUGUUGCUUGGCCGUAGUAUACAGGACAACUGGAGGUGAAACUCUAGUUGACAAAGCCACGGUCAGACCUCUCAAUAGACCAGUAGGAAGCAGAGGCUGACAUGUGGCUCCUGCAGACACGUAACCAUCUAGAUCGGUGUGCAUGACUGCACACCUUGCUUUCCCAAAGAACAUUUUCCUAAGGACAUUUCCGGACCUGCUAUGAGUCUGGAAGGCAGUCUGCUGUGCUCUCCCAGUAGCAACAAGGCCUGAAUGACAGACCCUUUCCCACUCCAACUUAAGGGGUUAAAGAAGAUCUGAAGUACUCGGGAGCCAGAGGCAGGCAGGUCUCUGAGUUUGAAACCCGCCUGAUCUACGAAGUGAGUUCCAGCACAGCCAGGACUACACAGAAAAAUCCUGUCUUGGAAAGAAAUAGAAAAAAGGGAUGCUGGAUUUGCCCCCUGGUAGGUUUAAGACCUUGUUAUGGGGAGAAAGUCAUGGCCCAAGUCAGCCGUGGGUGUGAGCGUCAGCAUUUCGGUGUGGUCCACUUCUUUGGAACUCGGAGCUGUCCUCUUCGCACUGCUGCUCUAGGUGUGAGGUUUGUCCAGCUUUUGGUGAGAUUUUACAGUCUUUGGCUUCACACAGCAAAGCAUGGUCCUUGAGCUUGUUUGUGCUAUGUGUGCCAGGGGUGCCAUGGCAGUGACUGGUGACCCCAAAAUGCCACUGAUCUUACUACCAGGUGCAUUCAGACAUUGAUUCACCAAAGAUACCUCCUGCAUUAACUUAAGCCUUAAGACUUUUAAGUGCAUUUGGUGCCAAAAUUUUUCUAGCACUCUAGCAGAGCAAGAAACCCAUUCUUAGAGUGUAAUGCAAUUUUGAAAGGAACAUUUUGUUAUUUGCAGAACUGGAUAUAAUGAUUGAAUUAAGCUUAGCAGCCACAAAAAGAUUGCUGAUUCUCCUCCCGGGGGCGCCCUGCCAGUCUGGGCAUCUGGGCCCUGGAACAUACUGUCACUGCCCUGCCUACCAAUGUAAUUUUAAGCCAAUAAUUAGCUGCCAAGUUCAUCAGCCGCUGUUUUCUUGUUGGUGUUUGGGGGGAGGGUAGUUAGUAGAAUCUAAUGACCCAUCCUGCAUGUUGUGCUGUGGACAGUACUUCCAUUUAAACCCUGUGUUUUGGACUUUCCAACUGAUAAUUGGGACUUAAUAAAUUUAUUACUAUUAUAAAUGUAAGUGGAAAUCAAAGGUAUGGCAGAAUUUUCUAUUUUUGUUUUGUUUAGAACAUUUCUCCUGUUGCUGUCAGGGUAGAGUAUUUCUGGAUUCAAGAUACAAUCAACAAAAGCAAAAAUAAAAUAAAGCAUAAAAGGUAGCCAAAUGAGGAAAAUAAUCCAGAAAGGGCUUUCUAUUCUUGUUUGUGUUUUAACCUAAGAAAAGAGUAAUGCUCUCUUCAGAAUAAGCCAUGCUGGACUAGGACUGGUCUCUAAAAAGACAGCUUGUCAAUAAGUGUUUGGUCCAAAUUACAGAAUUUGUUGACACAGGCUGACAAAAAUUUUUAAAUAAAUAUGGCAAAAACAUUGAGGUGUGUGUAAGAAUAGUGCUUCUGACGUUGAAAUCUUGGGUUUUACAGUGUAUACUUCUUUUCCAAGAAUUCUUCCUUUGUUCAUCUUACUGUCAGAGGGUAACAGGGCAGGCAACAGAACGUUUUAGCAAACAGUCAUGAUGCACCUCACAAGCUAACACUUUCCAGACACACACACACACACACACACACACCUUUUGAAACUUGGGGUAGUUGUGUACAUUUCUAAACUACUAGUGCCAUGUGUUCCUCCGCCUCUGAUUUAGAGCUAGCUUUGUGAAAUGCCAGCAUUGAAAGCUCUGGAAAGUCAAGCCUAAGCACAAGCCUUUAACCGUUACCGUGUUUAAAGAAGUGCAAGCUUUGCUGAAGGGGCUGCUGAGAGCAGUGCAGGCCCUCGGGGAGCAAACGUCACACUGUUUUCAGAAUUCUGCCAAGUCAAACACAGAUGGGUCAUGGUGAUGGGGACUGAGAAUCCAUGCACACUUGUAGCUGCAGAACCCAUCUGCGGACUGAGUCCAUCCAAUGUGCACAUCUGGGCUAGAGAGUUAGCCACACCAUUACCUGCCACCUAAAUAAAAAGUAAUGAACAAUAACUCAAGAUAACAGAUUUGUCUUGGGGCAUUUUAAAUGGCAUUGAAUUUGAUACUUAAUUUCUUAUUUGACAUGGGUCUCACUAUAUAACUCUGGCUACCCUGGAGCUCUUAAUGUAGAUGAGCAACUCACAAAAGUCUUCCUGUCUCUGCCUCCCCAAUGCUGAGAUUAAAGGCAUGUCCCUGGCUUGUUAAACUCUGUGUGUGUGUGUGUAUUCAUACAUAUAUGAAUAUCUUUCAAGAGCCAGGUGGUAGUGGUGCACACCUUUAAUCCCAGCAUUCAGGAAGCAUAGACAGAUCUGUCUCGAAGAAACAACAAAAGCAAAAGAAUAUCUUCCAAGAUUGUAGUGCUGAUCAGUGCAACUAUUCAAGUGUGCAAAGUAACAGGAUGUUUUUCCUGUGCAGACGUUGUGCACAGCCUGUCACUCAUUAACAGACACUGACUUGUUGCCAUUGAGUAGAUUUGACUUGUAUGUGCUCUAUAAAGGCUUUUUGUAAUGCUUUUCUUGAGAUUGUGAUUUUCCACUCACUGAAUAAUGGUAAAUUUGAUGUAUUUUAUAGUCUAUGCGUUUUCACUUAAGCUGCCUGUAGUGUGGUUUGAGACACGUUUGUACUAUGAACUGUAAGAAAUGGAAAAUUCUAGGUUUAAUCAUCUGCUGCUGUAUUUGCAAAGACAAAGUUGCUUAAAGAAGUAAUUAUAAUUAGAAGUAGGUUACAGAUGUGAUACUUGAUAUUUUUAAGGUAAAGUUGUUUGUUUUUGUGUAUAAUACCUGAAAACCUUCUUAAGAAAUGUGUUUUCAUGA